AUGGACGAUGAGACAGCUGUCUUGCUGCUCAUAUAUGCUUUCUUCUCGGCGGUUCAGAUCCAAGACAGCAAUGCGCUUAGCAGGUUGGUGGCAGCCAGUCAGAUCGGCCAGAUCGUCCCUACCUGCGGCUGCAAGUCUCUCGUCGCGUGCGGGAGGUGGAUUGGCUGCAGGCUGGCAGAUUUGACAGCCAACCUACCUAAGGCGAAAGGGGAAUCCAGUGCAGCUCGAGUGGGCCAGAUCCAGGCACAGUCCAGGGGCAGGUUCAAUUAUAGAAACCAGAACUGGCUAGCGGCACAGUCGCAGGGGCUGGCUGUUGCGUUCGCUAGACUGUCGCAAGUCUGUUUGGGCGGCGAGACCUGGCUGUCUCGGGUUGGAGAUGCGGCAGCCAAUCAAUAG